CUCGAGCAAACAAAUAAGCAUACUUCUGUACCUUUUUCCUUCGAUUGUUUUCUUCAUCUCUAUCAUGGCUGAAGCGAUUGUUUCCAGGGUGCUGGAAAAGUUGAGUUCAGUAUUAGAGGAGGAGGUGAGACGCAUUACCAAUGUUCGUGGUGAAGUUGAAAAGCUCGCCAGCAAUUUUCGAGCCAUCAAAGCUGUUUUGGAGGAUGCGGAGCGGCAGCAAAUGUGGGAAGGGAAGACCAGUGUUCGAGAUUGGUUAUUCAAGCUCAAGGAAGUCUCAUAUGACAUUGAAAAUGUGCUGGAUGAGUGGAGCACUACAGUUUUCAAGUCGAAACUUGAGAAGAAGAAGGUAUGUUGCUUCAUCCCCUCUCCUUCCUUCUGUUUCAACAGAGGGAAAUUGCUUCACAAAACCGCACACAAGAUAUUAGAGUUGAAUGGGAGGUUGGAUGUUAUUGCAAAUGAGAGAGAAAAGUAUAGUCUUAAGGAAUUAAAUGUUGAAAAACCAAUUAGACGAGAGCAAACUACUUCUCUCGUAACUUUAGCUGAGGUGUGUGGUAGAGUUAAGGAUAAGGAGAGGAUUGUAGAUAUAUUAUUGAAUGAGGGUGGAAUUGACGUGAUCCCUAUAGUAGGUGUUGGGGGGAUUGGUAAAACUACUCUUGCCCAACUAGCCUUCAAUAAUGAGAAAGUAAAAUCUCAUUUUGAGAAGAGAAUAUGGGUGUGCGUCUCUGAUCCUUUUGAUGUGAUGAGGAUUGCCAAAGCAAUUCUUACGUCUCUUGGUGAGAAUGCUUGGCAAAAUUUGGUUGAAUUGGAGGAUGUAUUAAAACUCCUUAUAGACUCAAUCAAAGAUAAGAAAUUCCUACUUGUCCUAGAUGAUGUGUGGAAUGAACAAUAUGAAAGGUGGGGUCUAUUGAAAAAAUCAUUGAGUUCUGGCUCAGUAGGAAGCAAAAUCUUAGUGACCACACGUAAGGAGACUGUAGCAAGAACAAUGCGUUGCACUACCUUGUUCCCAGUGGAGCAGUUGUCUGAAGAAGAAAGUUGGUUAUUGUUUUGUCAAAUAGCAUUUCUAGGGAGAUCCAAUGAAGAUCGUGAAAAUUUGAGAGAAAUUGGUAGGAAAAUAGCAAGAAAGUGCAAGGGCUUACCACUUGCUCUAAAGACAGUGGGUGGUCUCAUGCUCUUGAGAAAAACCAUAAAAGAAUGGCAGAGUGUCUUAGACAGUGAAAUAUGGGAACUUGAAGUGGCUGAGGAAGGUCUUUUUCGCCCCUUAAUAAGAAUUAAUAAAUGUCCAAAACAGAUAGGAAAUUUGAUACAUUUAAGGUCUCUUGACUUGUCCGAUAAUAGAUUUUUAGAGGAAUUGCCUGAGGCUGUUUGUGAUUUAUAUAAUUUGCUUAUACUAGACAUUAAUGGAUGUGAGGAGCUUAGAAGUUUGCCUUGUAGAAUGGGAAAUCUAAUAAAUUUGCGGCAUCUUUGGAAUGGGUAUACAGAUUGCCUGGAAUUCAUGCCUAAAGGAAUGGAGAAAUUGGCUUGUUUGCGAACAUUAAGUUUGUUCGUGGUGGACAGUGGUGGUAAAGGAGCUGCUCUUAGUGAAUUGGGAAACUUGAUUCACCUUCGAGGGGAGCUUGAGAUAAGUGGAUUGAGAAAUGUCAGAGAUGGGAGAGAGGCUGAGAAGGCACAGUUACGAAAUAAGAAGGGGCUCACUACUCUGGUUCUGACUAUUGGUUCUACUUGGUCUGAUGAGAGCCAAGUUUCUGAAGCAUCUGUUCUUGAAGCCUUAGAACCGCCUUUAGACUUGGAAAGGUUAAGAAUAUGGGCCUACAAAUGCCCAACCCCAACCUUAGGAGUUUGGCCCAGUUGGAUAGUGUCUCUAACCAAGCUGAAGUUCUUUGGGCUCUGUAAUUGUGUUGACGUUGAACAGUUGCCUCCCUUGUGGAAAUUGCCAUCACUGGAAUCGCUCUAUCUGCAUAAAAUUGGAGGAGUGAAAAAGGUGGGAGUUGAAUUCUUGGGAAUAGAAACGUCAUCUUUGUCUUCAUCUUCUUCUUCAUCAGCUGUUGUUGCCUUUCCCAAUUUAAAAUCACUGGAAUUUUGGGAAAUGGAGGAAUGGGAAGAGUGGGAUUAUGGAAGCAGAGGAGAAGAGGAUAUCAAAAUCAUGCCACGUCUUUCUUCCUUGGCGAUUUUCGAAUGUGAGAAGUUAAAGAUGUUGCCGGAUUCUAUUCUCCAAAGUGCUACCCUUCAGAAUUUGGAAAUCUCUUGGUCUCCAGUUAUUUCAAGUCGCUGCAAAGGGGAAUACUGGCCACAUAUCUCUCGCAUCCCCAAAAAAGACAUCUUGUGAGAACCUCAACUCUGCACAGGAGCAAGGUACUUCACAUUUGCUUAUAACAUGUUCAAUUUUUUUUUUUUUUUGAGUGAGCGACAAGGCCCGUACAUAUUCAAAUAUUAUUAAAUCAAACACUUUACU